AAUUUCCCCAGCACUGCAGGCAUAAACGAAAGCCACAUCUCCACCAGCCCAUGAGCCAUUAUCCAUCCGACAGGGAUCCGGUGGACCCCAGCCGCCCAGCGCCCUAUCCUCCGCUUCCCACACAUCCGCGUCCGUACUACAGUGAUCCAGCGCUUCGCCCGCCUUCCCGAGAACUGAGCACACGUAUGCACGACUAUGGGGGGCAAUGGACCGCGCAAGACACGUACCGCCGGUAUCCCGCAUCAGAGUCCUCUGGAGCAGCGCAACCUAGAAGGGAGAUCGACCUGCGCGAGCAGCUCGAACGACGCAGAAAAGAAAGAGAGAUCGAAAGACGUAGAGACGAACUGGAGAUGGAACGGCAAAGAGACGAGUUGGAGAGGGAACAGCAAAGGCUGGAGAGAGAGCUUGAACAACGCAUGGAAGAGCUGGAGCAGGAACGACGUAGGAAGGAAAGAGAAGGCGCUACAAAGCUCAAAAUGCGGAUGGCCGCUCCUCCUCGCCCAGCUCAUCCUGCUUCUCCUCCGCCACGACCGCCUUCCCCUGCACCCACUCCAUCUGUGCGCAAACCCGUGUUCCACGACCGUGGAUUCUUCCUGGCAAAAGACAUUAUCCAAGCUGGAGGCCCGAGUAAGACUCGUUUGAUGUCUCUAAUCAGGGAAAAAGGCAAGGGAACAGCCUUUCCAGAUCCGCUCCGCCCUAAAGUAGUCUACAUCAUUGUCCGCCUCGACUCCAGUUGCCCCAAAAACUACACUGCCCUCGCCGCAACAGGCACCGAGACAUUCCACCAAUGCUCCAUCACCGGCGAUUGGACGACGCCAAAUGUGAUUAAACAUCUCGCCAAAGUGAAAGGAGACUUUCCAGCCAACGAGUUUUCAUCUGGUAUAAACAGGAAAUAUGUGCUCAGAGAGGAAUGGGUUGACGAGUGUAUUGCGAAGAAAAGGUUGAUCGACGAAAGAGAAGGGUUUGGAGGAUGGGAAGUCAAAGUGACUUUUGAUCCUUCCCUUGCAAAUGGACCUUUUCUUCCACCCGUCCCCUCUGCUGCUUCUGCUCCGCCCUCUCUUCUCGCGCGCAUUGGAUCAUCGUCCAUCUCCACACCUCCAGAUGGAGAAACAUCAAGAGACGUUAUCGGUUCCAAUGACUUGUUAUCCCGGAUUGGAUCUCCAUCCAUCCAAGAAACUGUUGUUAGUCCUGGCAAUCUCCUUUCCCGGAUCAAAUCACCCUCUAUCUCUUUGGCUCAGCAUGGAGAGUCGUCGAGUAAUACUUUAAAUGAAGACGGUGUGGAUGAUCAACAUCGAUCUUCUCACUUUUAUGUCGAUCCGCAAUCGCAAUCGCAAUCGCAACCGCAAUCACCUACGCAAUCACCUCCCCCAGCUCAACAGCUCCUUCAACGACCCCCAACUCCGCCAAUGCCACCUCAACUUUCCCCUCUUCCCACGCGUCCAUUCUCUCGAUCCAGCCAACCACUUCCUACCCCGCCCACUGGCGGUGAUGGUGGCGAACCGCUGACUCAACCAGUACCGAGAGCCUCUACCACAACCUCCUCCCCACUUGAUUUAUCAUUACCUUCAAGACCUGCUGGACGUCAAUACGAAGAUCAACGACACGAAUCUCAGAGGGAGCGACCAAACUAUGAUAAUCAGAGGUUACCACCUCGCCAGCCACGCGAGAGGGAACGAGGUAUGGAUCCUAGGUUUAGUAGCUCUAGAUCCAGGUCGCCAUUGGCAUCUCCCCCGAUUGGCCAAACGUCUAGGCGAAAUCGUCGACCAUCCCACUCACCUCCUCCUCCCGCAAGACGACGCUCACCAUCUCCACUAACACAUGCAUAUCAAGACUCAUACCCACGAUUUUCGCAAGCUGGCGAAGAACACUUAUCGUCUCGCCCCAACACACCCCCUACGCCUGGCGUACCAGAUAUGCCUACUUCCAACAACUCGCUUACCGCGAAUCAGACGCAGGCGCAGACUUUGAACCAGAACCAGAACCAGAUCGGCCUUGGUCACUUACCCAACGCAUCCCAAGCAACUUUUACAUCAUCGUUACCUCCUCAGACCUCAAGACCAUCCCAGCCCACACGACCGAUCACUGGACCACUCCUGAACUCAAGACUACCAUCAAGGCCAUCCGAACUACCUCUUCAACCUUCUCCAUCAUCCCAAUUCGCCCAACCCACCCAACCUACGUCCACGCCUGAGUCUGCGUCUACGUCUGCGUCUGCAUCUGCAUCUGCGCGCCCACAGACAACAAUGCGAUCUGUCCCAGUCGCAGUCCCUCUCUCCGGACACGGAGCACCGCAUCGAAGGAUGACACCUGCCCCUGGACCAUCUGCAGCACAGGUCCGAUCACCAAACCUUUCGUCGAGGUUAUCUCAACCGGCGCAACCAGUCGUAUUACCGUUAUCCCAACCGCCUCAGACACACGUGCAGUACCCACCCAGUCCGCCUCAUAGUGCAUCCGAAACUGUGCGACAGUCACAGACGGUGCCUCUGCAGCCCCAGACUCAAUCCCAGCCACAGUCACAGUCACAUUCACAAUUACAGCAGCGUACCCAACCAUCGUCCCAUCGCUCUCCUCAAAACGUCCCAGCUCCCCAAGCCUCUCAAGCCUCUCACUCAACCCAUCCUACACCUCCCGUCAAACCGUUGUCGAGCCAGAGUAAGGGCAGCACCGCUGUGAACACUGGCCAGGGAGUGAAUCAAGGCACGACGAUUCCGCCUUUGACAGGAACAAGAACAGGGGCAGGGACUGAUCAGCAUCAGCAUCAGCUCGAUGUGAAGAACAUGGAGGCUGUUGUGGGAGCGGGCGCCAGGGCGGAGAACAGCAAGGGCACGAAUCAGAGUCUGAUUCAAAGCCAGGUCAAAUCUGAGGACAAGAAGGACAACAGCGUCAAGGGACGAAAGAAGAAUGCUGGGAAAAAGAAAGGAAAGGGUAAAGAAAUACAGAACGGUGCCCAGAUCGCAAAGGUCGAAUCGCAGAAGGGCAAACUCCAGUUGAAGAGCGAAAAUCAAAAUCGCGACCAAAAUUGGAGGAACGGAACAGAUGAAGCAAAGGAGGAGAAAAUCGAUGCCAACCUUAAUGUUGAACAAGGUGAACAUGGGGAGAAAAACAAAGUUGACCAAAAAGGACAAUCGCAAAAGGAAAAGGGAAAGCCCAAAGUCAUACCCGACGCGGAGGCUGAGACAUUCUCCUCGUCUCAGGGAUCAUUGCACUUUUCAUUACCAGUGGUCGACACUUUGCCUUUGUCUAUCCAUCCUGCUCGACCCGAACACGCGAAACUCACUCAGCCUAUCCAGCCCGAUCAUCCCUCCCAAAGUUCUGAACCAUUUGAUUCCUUCCAUUUACCUUCAUCUCUACCAUUUCCACAAUCCGAUACUCUCGGCCUUGCUUCCAGCCCCGAUGUCUUGACCACCCCUGGUGCUUCCCAUGAACAAGCUUUAUCGCUUGUAAACAAUGGAUCGAUGCAGUCUCCUUUACCGCCCUCCCAAACACUAGCGUCAUCGUCAUCAUUAUCCUCGCCAAACGCAUCUGUCCGAUCUGUUCAGGCUUUGCAGCCUUUGCAGUCCACAAUGGCAAGUUCGGACCGUGCUGCGGGAUCAUCUACGGAGCACGAGCAAAUAUUACCCUCAUCUCCCGGCCAAGUCGCCCACGUUCCUCGUGUACGCCCAGACGCCCACACUUCAACUAUCCCAUCUCCUUUGUUCCUCCGCAUGCCACCUAUUUCCUCUCCAUCAGCAAGUCCACAUAACCUUUCAUCUCGGACGUUGGCUUCCAGCUCAACGACCGCUAGUCAAGUAUCAGUGCCAAUGCAGGAGAAAGAGAAGGACAAGGAUCAGAUUAAAGUCGAUCAGAACGGUUCGCAAGCGGGCAAAAUUGAAAGUGUUGAUAAAGGAAAAGGGGAAGAACGCUUGGGCGAUACACAGGGUGCAGGGCUGUUUACGGUAGCUGGUGCAGUACCGUUGAGCUUCUGGGUAUACGGUGGGUCAAGGGCGCGGACGCUGGAAAUCGUCAUCACCCACGCCGGUGGCGGUAUCCUCACUUCCCCAACUCUCGCUGGAUUUCUCGUCCUGCCCUUACCCCCUUCUUCCCCUAUAAAUAACCCCGAUCACAUUGAAGCUGUACGAUCAGUGCGAGGACAGGAAUGGAGAGUAGUGGUUUCUGAAGAAUGGGUUUUAGAUUGUGUGGAGAAGGGUGAGUUACUUGAUGUAAAGAGGUACCUGUUGGAGGUGCCGCCUUCGGAGGAAGAGGAAGUGGCGGGCGUGCUUGAGGAUAUUGAUAUGGAAGAAGAGGAGGAGAUUAGGGGAGGAGGGGAAGGACACAGUGAUGAACGAGAAGGUAACAGCGACGGACAUGGGAACGCAGGAGAGUCAGUGAGAAUAGAAGAAGCGAUCAAUUCCGAGAAAUCGGCCAUCAAGAAGCCCGAAAAAUCUUCGAGCGGUUGGAUGAGCAUGUUCACGAGGAAACGACCUGCACCGGAUGGUGAUGAAGAAGUAUAUAUCGGUAAACGAGGAAGGGGAUUUCACUCUGAUGAUACCUCCGCGUGAUAUACUUACAGGAUAUGAUCAUUUAUAAUUACGAUCUAAUUACGACCUUUCAAUCGAAUUUCCUCUAGACUUGGCUUGUAUGUAUG